AAGUCAAGUGAUUACUUUUUAUUCUCGGUAAAAAUAAAGAUUUCGAUCUAAUAAUUAGUUUACAAAUAAAUAUACCAACUAAUGUUUGAAUAAAAAUACAUGUUACAGAAAUUCGCGUAGACUGCCCAGAGUCCGCGAAUUCCUUUUGUGGUUCCGCCGCCUGUGAUUCAUUGUCGCUAUUUAUUUGUCGCAGUACUGGAUUCCGAUUUAGGCAAAAUGUCUCAAACUCUAACUUUCGGUGACUCAUGUGCCCCGAUAACUUGUCAUGCGUGGAACAAGGAGAGAAAUCAAAUUGCCUUCUCUCCCAACAACAAUGAAGUCCAUAUUUACCAAAAGGAGGGUAGUGAUUGGAAACAAACUAAUAAUCUUGUUGAACAUGACAUGAGAGUUAUGGGCAUAGACUGGGCCCCAAAUACUAAUCGUAUUGUUACGUGCUCUGUAGAUCGUAAUGCUUAUGUUUGGACUCAAGGGGAAGAUGGAAAAUGGUCAACUACUCUCGUAUUGUUACGUAUAAAUCGUGCUGCAACCUGUGUGAAAUGGUCACCUAUGGAAAACAAGUUUGCUGUUGGUUCUGGUGCGAGAUUGAUCUCAAUCUGCUACUUUGAGAAGGAAAACAAUUGGUGGGUCUCUAAGCAUAUUAAGAAGCCAAUACGGUCAACUGUGACCACCCUGGAUUGGCAUCCUAAUAACAUUCUACUCGUAGCUGGGUCCAGUGAUUUUAAAGUUAGAGUUUUCUCUGCAUACAUCAAAGAUAUCGAAGAUCAACCUGGGCCUAAUGUGUGGGGCUCAAAAUUGCCUUUAGGGCAACUUUUAGCCGAGUUUCGCUCUUCAGGCAGUGGUUGGGUGCACAGUGUAUCGUUUUCCGCCGAUGGGAACAAAGUCGCUUGGGUCGGGCACGACAGCUCAAUCAACAUAGCAGACGCCUCACAAGGCAAAGCUGUAAUCAAACUUAAGACUGAAUAUCUGCCAUUCUUGGGUUGUAUUUGGAUUUCAAACAAUAACCUGAUAGUGGCAGGACAUAGCUGCAUUCCAUUACUUUACUGCCAUGAAGGUGAUGAAAUUAAAUUUGUUGCCAAACUAGAUAAUACUCAGAGAAAAGAGUCAGGUGGCUUGUCUGCUAUGAAGAAGUUCCAGUCGUUGGAUCGACAAGCACGGAUCGAGACUAGCGAUACUUUCUUGGACUCCAUACAUCAGAAUGCUAUAACAUAUAUCAACCUGUACAAAGGAACCAAAGCUGAUGCUGUCAAGAUUAGCACUUCAGGCCUCGAUGGCCAACUAGUCAUUUGGGACAUUGCAACACUCGAGAAGGCUUUUGAGGAUCGGGUAAUGAUUUAAUAUAGAAACCAUUGCUAAAUGUAUUAUUUUAUUAUUUUAAGUGACAAUAUAAUCAGUUUGCUUGUGAGUUCUGAAAUCACUCAAUAAGAAUAAAUGGAAAUGAAAACACGGAAAGCUGUGAAAAAGUAUCACAAUCACAGUUUGUAUCAGUCUAGCUAGAACCAAGACAAGAAGCUGCGCUGAGCUGUAUUACACCAUCUGGAAAAAACUAUAGCCAGUAUUGUAAACAUUUAAAACACGACCUUUACUGAUAAUAAAACACGACCUACAUAAAAUGUUCCACUGCUUAGUAAUAUUUAUAGAUAUACUCAGAGGCACAAUUAUCCGCCCACUUUGGUAUACAUCGUGUAUACUGAAGUAGGCCGAUAAUUGUGCCUCUGAGUAUAUUUAUUUUUCCAAUUGAUAUAUAAAUUAUAGGUCAGUAAUUGGAUUUCAAUAAUGAUUAGUAUAUUGCUAAACCUUCAAGAUAAAAAGUAUAUGAAAAAAAUUCUAUAUAGAAAGGCAAUGUUUUGUAUUAUGGUGGUGUAAUAGAGAUCAGCUAAAAGCAAGCAGCUGAGUGACAACAGCCUCCCAAAUAUUGUAAAAACUUCAAAUAUACAGAAUAAACUAUAAUUUAUAGGUAAAACAUCUAUGUUUUUUGUUUCAUUAUACAAUUUAAUUUUUUUUUAACUUUGAUAAUCAAAUAAUUUAUAUAAAUUAGACAAUAACGCUAUGUACUACAAUCCUAAGUAUAUAAUAGAUCACUUUUAAUACUAGUGAAGUACUGAUUGCUGUCAUUACAUUAUUUUACGAAAUUAACAAA